AUGAGCGGCGAUCUGUAUAAGGCGGUACUGCUAGAUGCGUUUAGACUAAGAAAUUUUACUAAUAAGAAAAUCAAUAGUUGUUUGCUCACUAUGGGUGAUAAAGCUUUGACUAUGGGUCAGCGCGUGUUGGUAGUUGGGAAAGAAGUGAAAGGCUCCAUAGCUUAUGUCGGGUACCCUACGUUUGCAUCUGGCAAAUGGGUCGGCAUCGUAUUGGAUGAACCGAAGGGGAGACACAAUGGAACGCUUCGUGGACACGCUUAUUUUCGAUGCGAAGAAAACUAUGGCCUCUUCGUACGACAAUCACAGCUACAGCUGUUGGAUGGGGACGACAAUCCAAUGGAUACCUCCAUGACAACCUCUACAGAGGAACCAUCAUUAGUAAAGUCAUCCAGUAAUAGGCGACUGAGCAGUUCCAGGACCUCGCUCGCCAGCAGCCGCCAGUCGCUCACGUCGUACACGUCGCCGACGACGGAGCGCGCGACCUCGCCGGACCUGACUAAGAGGGCCUCCUUCAUCGAGACCGGUUUCGUGGAGACCCUGACCCCUCAGUACACCCCUGGGCAGAGCCUCACUUCGCCGCAGCCCGUCGCCACCUCCGCCGAGGACAAGCUGGCCAAUUUGCAAGCGCAGCAGGAGAUCACGAACCUCAAGGCCGAGGUGGAGGACCUCAAGGAGAAGCUGGAGACCCUGAAGGUCCGCCGCUCCGAGGACCGGGAGAAGAUCCGCGAGCUCGAGCGGCUCCGGCUCCAGCUGGACCAGGCGAACGAGUUCAAGACGAGGAUAAUGGAGUCGCAAGCGCAGCUGCAGAGGGACCUGCAGCGGGCCAAACAGGAGGUGCGUGAGGCGCAAGAGGCGCUAGAGGUGCAUAACGACGAGACGGCCGAGCUGCAGGAGGCGGCCGAAAUGGCCGCCCUCGACAAGGAGAUGGCCGAGGAGAGGGCCGAGGCGCUGCAGAUGGAGCUGGAGCAGUGCCGCGACAAGCUGGAGGAGGCAACGCUCGACCUGCAGCUGAUGCGCGCCGAGAUGGAGGCCGGCGGGAACAUACAGCACCCGUACGCAGCGGCCGACGGCGCCGCCACCGGCUACGAGAUGCGCGCGCUGCAGCAGCAGAACGUGCGCCUGAGGGACACGCUGGUGCGGCUACGGGACCUCUCCGCGCACGACAAGCACGCCAUGCAGAAGAUGCUCAAGGAUUUGGAGCAGUACAAGUCGGAGAUAGCCGAGCUGGGCCGCACUAAGGAGAAGCUCUCUGCGAGGGUCGAGGAGUUGGAGGCGCAGGUCGCGGAUCUGCGCGAGCAGGUGGACGCCGCGCUCGGAGCCGAGGAGAUGGUCGAGCAGCUGGCCGAGAAGAAGAUGGCCCUCGAAGACCAGGUGGAACAGCUGAAGCAGGACGUGUCGGAGCUGGAGGCGCUGCAGGAGGUGCACGAGCAGCUGGUGGAGUCCAACAGGGACCUGGAGAUGGACCUGCGCGAGGAGCUGGAGAUGGCGCACGCUGCCACCAGAGAGGCGGUUCGCGAAAGAGAGGCCGCAAUGGAGACGAUAAUGGACCGGGACGCGACCAUCGUCAAGUUCCGCGAGCUGGUGCAUCGGAUGACUGAGCAGCACAACGAGCUGAGGACCCAGCUGGAGUCCAAACAAGAGGGCGGGGGCGGGGCGGUGGGCGCGCCGCCGGCCGACGCGGAGGCGAGCCCGCUGGCGGCGCGCGAGCUGGGCCCGCUGGUGCAGGCGUCGCGCGCCUCCACGCGCUCCGUGGACCUGCAGCUGCGCGCGCUCGAGCUGGCGCAGGCGAGGGCGCGCGCCGACAUGCUCGCCGCGUGCCUGCCCGACCACUUCAUGAGCGCGGCGGGCGAUCACGACGCGAUACUGCUUAUACUACUCCUGCAGCGGCUCAACACCAAAGCGGAAAUAAUACUGGGACAGAUCCGAGAGAAAUUCCCAGCGGUUAACGUGUGGGACAGGGAGGUAAUAACCAAGACCCACACGGCGGUCCAGUACAGCUUCCGUUGCCAGCUGGAGUACCAGCUGCACAUGAUCCAGUGCCUGGUGAGCAUGUGGUCCGGCGCUUUGGAGAGCUGCCCCCCAGAGCAGCUGUUGCGCGCAGCGGGCGCCCUGCCUGACGCAGCGGCGCAGGAGCGUGCGCUCGACGCGCUCACCUCGCUGCUCCGCUCGAACGAGCUCGACGAGAACUGCGCACUGGACGGCGUCGAGCGCUGCUGGUCGUACCUCGGCGCGAUGUGGACCGCGCUCGGCAUGGGAGGCGGCGUGGCGCGCGAGCCGGUGGUGCGCGCGUGCGCCGCGCUCGACGCGCUCGCGCGCGCGCUGCACGCGGACGCCAGCGCGCUCGCGCACGUGCUGCAGCCGUCGGACAAGCAGCACGAGCUGGGCCAGCUGCACGAGCUGAUACAGGGCAGCAGUGCGGCGCUGCAGCAGCAGCUGAAGAGCGUGCGCCGCCGGCUGCCCGCCGGGGUGCGGCUCGACGCGGUGCCGCUGGACCAGCAGCUGGUGGAGAGGCUGCGCAGCGAGUGCGCCCCCACGCUGUGGCGGUGCGCGCGCGCUGUGGCGCUGGCGGCGAGGGCGGCCGCAGCCUGCGCCGCCACGGCGGGCGAGAGGGGCGAGGGGGCGCCGCUCACCGCGCAGGCGCUCGCCGCCGUCUGGGCCGCCGCCACCGACAAGCUCUACCAGCAGGACGACCACGGGCCAGUGCGCACUAUAAGGCACGCGCUGAACGCCGUCUCGGCGGACGUGAACAAGUUGGCCGCCUUCGUGCAGGACAACGAGUACGACAUGAUGUCCCUCACCAACGUCCAGGUGGAGAAGCCCGUGCCACCGGUGGUGCUCCGAGCGCAGCUGGUGAAGAAGCAGCUUGAGGAGACGAAGACCCUCACCAUAAAGCUGGAGAACAAGGAGGCAGACAUAAAGGAGCUGAAGAAGGCGCUCAAGGCGAAGCACGAGGAGCUAUCAGAGAUGCAGAUCAGACGGGAGUUGGGCGAGCGCAAGCUGUCGAGCGCUGCGCACGCGUCGGAGCUGCGCGCCCAGCAGCUGCAGAGGCGGCUCGACGACGCCCUCAACCAGCUCAAGAGGAAGGAGAAGGAGUUCGAGGAGACCUUGGACCACCUGCAGCAGGACAUCGACUCGCUGGAGAUGGAGCGGGUCACACUGAGGGACAAGCUGAAGUUGUACGCCAAGCGGGGCGGCACUCACCACGCGGCCGUGACGCCUCCAGCCUCCCUGCGGGACUUCACACCGCCGGUGACCACGUCACCCACUCCGAGAGAGACGCUGCAGGAGACCACGGUGAAGGUGGCAGCUGGGGUCGCGGCGGGAGAGGUGAACGAGGCUCUUCAGCAUCAGAUCAAAGUGCUGAGCUGGACCGUGGAGAGGGAGAGGGCGGCGCGGGUGGCGGCGGCGAGGAGGGCGGACCGGGGGGCGGUGCGCGCCCUCCGCCCCCUGCAGCACCCCGGCGCCCCCGAGGCGGCGGCGAGGAGGCGAGCCGCCGCGCAGCUCGAGCGGGACCUCGCCGCGCUGCACUCGGAGUGGACUCUGUUCGUGGCGCGCUCGGGGCUCGUGAAGUUCCCGGAGGACCCGAGCAAAUACGCCAGGGCGCUGCAGCAGCAUAAGGAGAAGCAGCGCGAGAUAAGACGCCAGUUGGAGGAGCGCUUGGCGGCGCUGCAGACGGAGGCGCGCAACCUGCUGCUGCUGCACAGGCCCUGGCGGUGCGUGGAGGCAGACUUCGCCGAGUUCCCGGCGCCCGAGCUGGCGGCGGCGAUCAACCCGAAGACAAUCGAGGUCGGGACCCUCCGCUAUCCAGCGCCUGAGACGGGCGCCAACGGGGAUACAGUAUACGUCACUCCAACUCAGCUCGCCAAGCUUCGGGAGUUGGUGACGGAGCUGCAGUCUGAAGACAUACAGCUCGAGCUGGCCCCGCUCGACGACACCGUCUGCGCCGCC